AUGGCAUGUUCCGCGUUCGGAACGUCUGCAAUCUUUCCCAAAUUCAAGCUACCAAAGGCUGAUUUGAUGGGUGUCUACGCGAGGCCGACUGCUUCCGGCGCCACGCUGUAUUGUUACUUUUGCCGAAACUGCGGGACGCGACUGAUCCACGCCACGCCGGAUAAGAACGUCGUGUCCGUCAAGGGCGGCUGCAUCGACGGCCUCGACUGGAAGACGGCCGUCCACAUCUGGACCAAAAACGCCAUGGUCCCUAUCCCCGAGGGUGCGGAAAAUCACCGUGAGGAAGCUGAAUACACUGAUUAUGGUGAUCAACAAGAGGCGCUCGAUCAGCCGACUGACCUGCGCGGGAGCGGUGGAACCCCAGAAACGAUAUCAUUUGAUGGCCGUUGUGAAUUGAGCGGCACGUUGAAACCCGCCGUUCCCUGA